AUGAUAUGGGUGAUUUUGCCAAAAGGGGCAGACAGUGACUACAAGAUUGCAGAAAGAGGCGGCCCAAGUGAAUCCUGCACACCUUGCAGCCCCCUCAUAGGGAUGGACCGCAUUGUCUUCCACAACUACCGGUCGUGGAUGCACACGCUCUUUGCCUGCAUUUGUCUCAGAGUCCCUCACAUCUUGGAUGGCCCUCCGCUGGGAGUUCAGUUGAUCAAAGAGUUUCUGAUGCUCAUGAGCAUUGACGUGUCCUCGUAUUGCGGACGUGCACUCAGUUCAGGUUUCCGCACCAUCACCCGCAGAUGGAUCAAGGGAAGCUCGAUCGUCGCAUUAAGCGGUUUAGGCCAGAAUGUUUCGGCUGAUGUGGCGGUCAACACCAAGUCCAUGCGGGUGCGUGGGCGUACGAUGGAGCAGACUUGGGGGAGUGACAAGAAGUUCACAUCCACCGGGAGGUGUGGCUCAAAAGUUUUUCUCGGACUGACGCCCAGUUCCAAUCUCGCCAUGAAGACUGGCAACCAGGCAGUAUCUUUGCUCCUGCCUUGGUUCGUCAGAUGGCUACGUGCUUUUCCAUCCGGCGCUGAACAUGAUCAUUUUGAGUGUUGCAAGGAAGCGGCAAACGCUAUGACCCAGCUGAUCUCCGCGAAGGGUGUGCGCGGCUUCUACGCCACCCUUUGCUGCUGCUUCACUGCUGCACUUCUGGCCGAUGAUGAAUGCCAUCCUGACAUGAUCACCACACAGUUGCGAGUGGAGUCUUGGGUCACACCACGUCAUCCUGUUCCUCUACACAUAGCCUGUCAGCACUUGACCAGAGCCCGGGUGGAAGUCUGGUUGCCCGAGCUGCGCACCUUGGCGCAGAUGUUGAAACAGCUGCGCGCCAUGGCUUCGUCAUUGGGUCAAGCUGAAGUGGCACAAUGGCUUCUUGACGCAGACAGCAUGGCCCAAGACAGUUUUGGCAGCCUUACAGAGAUUGCUCGCAUCGCCGAUGCCGAAGAAGCAUUGGCUACUAUGGUGGAGGUCGGUUGGACCACACCGUCAGCGGUGAAACAGCACUUUGCCGAGUGGAGCAAGCUCGGCAUCUCCAAGUCUCAGCAGGCCAUGUUGAAGGCAACUCUGGACAUGUGGGGGGCCAGACUCGAACGUCAACCCUCCCGGCCUGGUCGGUCAGACCUGCCACAGCUGAAACCAGCCACUCAGGGUAGUUUACAGCGAGCUCUUGAUGCGGCCAAACCGAAUCAACGUGAGGAAGCCUUGAAACUUUUUAGAGCAGACGUCUUUGCCAAAUCCGACAUACUUCCGGCAUGCAGCCGGCUCAACACUUGGCAGAAGAUAGCGACUGCCUGGGGCGAGCCACCGUGGCCACUCACCCCACCUCUGAUUGAAAAAGCUGGCGCGAGUUUCAAAGCCGGUGGAUACAAAUCCACCAAGAUCUAUUUUGCGGCGGCGACUCGCCAACACACCUUGCUUCAUGGCGAAGUGCCGGCCGAGGUCAAGCUUGCAAUCAGAGACGCCGUGCGCUCAGUGGAGCGUGGGUUAGGCGGACCUAGCCUGAAGGACAGUUUUCCUUUGACCUGCCUCAGACCUUUGUUUACAGCACCAGAUUUCAAAGACUUUGCCCAGCACUAUUUCAUGGUCAUUCUAGGAGCUUGGUUCCUAACCCGCGAGAUUGAGCUAGCCGCGGCAUUAGUGAAACACGUGAGGUUUGAGUUGCCCCACAAGAAAGUGGCGUGGGUCCUCCCAAUGUCAAAGACGGACCAGCGCGGCAACAUGAUUGAGAGAUCCCAUGUCUGUGCAUGCCCAGCGGACGGCUCUCGUGAGCCAUUGUGCCCAUAUCAUGCGAUGCAAGACUUGUUAGAUCUGCGCGAAAUAGCCCCAACUGAUGCGCCUUUGUUUGAUGACGGCAACGGCCAUGUGAUGACCAAAGAACACUCGAUCCAAGCCAUCCGAGGGAUUUUGCACCGGGCACAGAUUCCCUUGACACGCUUAGGAGCUUCCAACAAGCAAGAGAACCGCUUCAGCGGACACACUUUGCGUGUCGCUGGUGCUCAGUUCUUGGCUGGUCACAAUGUACCAUUGCACACUAUACUUUUGCUAGGCCGUUGGGCCAGUCGUGCAGUUGAGAGGUACGUGCAAGAAGCAGCGCUUCACGUACCCGCAAAUCCUUUGGCUGUCAGUCCAGCCAAUGCCUUGCCCCAGCCCCACGGGGAGUUGAGCGAGACAGCUCCACAGGCCAAGGAGGCCAAAGUCGUGCCGCAAAUCACGCAAGCCUCUGCGGAAGAGGUGAGACGGGUCAAAGAACAGUUUUGUUCUCUGGCUGAACAGAUCAAAAACAUCAACCUCCCGCCGCCCUAUGUGCGGGGACGCAAAGUUCACAUUCCCGAUCCGAAAGAAGCAUGUUUACCACCCGCCGAGUGGUUCACGAAAUGUGGAUGGAAUUAUGGUUUUGCUAGGUUUUUCCGUUCAGCUGAGACGGAACCAAAGUGCCGGAAGUGUUUCCCAGAGGCCAAGAUCGCGGCCGAAAAUUCGUCUUCAUCCGAAACGGAGCAGGCGUCAACCAGCUCAGACUCCGAGCGCGCUGAGUGA